UGGUGCGAGUUCUCGAUCGACAGAAAGGUGCGUCUGUAAGUUCCCUUUGUUGCACUCCUACGACUCGUCGCCCUUUGCUGGAUCAUCGUCGUCGCGUCAAAUUAAAGCUACUUGCUUCAAUGGAUGAGAGCGAUGCAGAAGCUGACUGCGCUUCUCAACCUCGCCUUAAGAAGCGGAAGCAGUACUUGGAACCCGGAGAGCAUUUCGUGGUUCCGCGAACAACGCUUUGGCGGCUCGGGUUCCAGACAAGUGGUUCCAGCGGGGUUCCAGCUCCGGUUGCAGGCUGCGGUUCCAGCCAGGUGACUCUAAACGCAGUGCCAACAGAUUGCUUCUCCAGUCCAGUUACCUCACACCCGGAGCAGAGUGACGAUGAAUCUAACGAUAGUCAUCGGUCAGCACGUUGCGCCGACGAUGCAGUGUGCGCGGAGGACGGAGCCAGCACGCACAGCGCGGGCUUGACGGAGGAUCAAGGCGCAAGCAGGCCAAGCGAUGAAGACACCGCGAGCAACGUGGGAGACUUUUUAAAGCUCUUCUCGUGUGAACCUUUGCCUAACUCAAAGUUAAGCGUUGCCGACGCUAUGGUCCUGUUGAUGGCCUAUGCGACAUCAGCAGGACUGAAUUGGAGUGACAUGGAGAAGCUUGUUCAAAUAAUUAAUCUUCUACUUGGAGCUGAAGUGCUGCCGUCAUCGCAGCAUUUGCUACGAAAGGCGUGGAAGAACUGGCAAGGGGAGUUGAUUCAGCGCCAUUACUUUUGCACAUCAUGCAGUACGCGCGCUGUGAAUCCAACUGGACGAGAUUUCGUUUGCUCGAAUUGCGAUGCACAAAAUUGGGCUCACAAUUUUUUUGCUGUGUUGAGCUUAAAAAAGCAGAUAGAAGUUUUGCUUUCUAAGGAGGAGUUAGCCGUGGCACUGUUGGAUUCCCUGAAAAGAAGAAAAGAUCGAGGCAGUGGCUCGGGAAGUUGUGGAACUGUAAUGACGGACAUCACAGAUGGCGCCUUGUACCAUAGGCAGAUGGAAGGCUGCCAAUGGAACGACUUAUCGCUUGCCUUCAACACUGAUGCAGCAAAAGUAUUCAAUUGCAACAAGACUGCACUGUGGCCUAUUCAAUGCGUCAUUAAUGAGCUGCCUGUGGCAUUGCGCUGGGGCAACGUGUUAUUGGGGGGGCUUUGGUUCGGCAAAGGCUACCCAAAAAUGGGCCAGUUCUUGGAUGUUUUUGUAAAGGAGCUCCUGGACACCGGUUCCGUGAAGUGGAAGUGCCAUGAAGAAACGCUGCAGUCACGCAUCGAAGUGGUCUGCUGCUGCGUAGACGCGCCAGCUCGUGCAGCAGCGCUGAACUCGAAGCAGUUCAGCGGGUAUUUCGGCUGCAGCGUUUGUCUUCACAAAGGAGAAAGACACAGCGGGUCCAUGAAGUAUCCAGUGCUUGGAAGCCCAAUGCCUGCCCUACGGACAACAAGUCAAGUGAAGUUGGACAUGCAAACAGCCGUGACAACUGGUGAACCUUCGCAUGGUGUUAAGGGACCUACGCCACUUGCGAAACUCUCAAAAUUUGAUUUAGUGUGGGGCGUAUGCCCAGAUUACAUGCAUGCUGUGCUUGAGGGUGUUGCCAAACAACUUGUCGAAAUAUGGCUAAGCCAGGUCCAGUCGCCAGCUUACAUUGGGGAGCCAUCAAAGUGCCAAAGAGUGACUGCACGGCUUUUACGCCUAAGGCCACCUCAGUUUUUCACACGACUACCACGUACACUGGAUGACCGCAGCAUGUGGAAGGCCAGUGAAUGGAAGUGGUGGCUUUUAUUCUAUGCCGUUCCAUGCCUUGAUGGUAUUCUUCAAAGGAAGUACCACGAACAUCUGUGCCUUCUAGUCAAUGGCAUUUUUUUUUUGCUGAAGGACAAAAUUUCGGAAAGUGACCUCAAAGAAGCGAUGGACAACCUUUCGAAAUUUGUGCACAGGGUUGAAGAUCUGUACGGCAAGGCGGCGAUGACAUUUAAUGUCCAUCAGCUGCUUCACCUGCCACAGAGUGUGCAGCAGCUUGGACCUUUAUGGUCCCAUUCAACAUUUGUGUUUGAAUCUGGAAAUGGCACAUUGUUGAAUUUGGUUAGUGAUGCAAAUGGUGUCCCCCAUCAAGUUCUUGAGCGUUUUGCAAUGCGCCUACAGCUUUCACACCUGCUGCAAUCUGCGGCUUUUUCUGAAAAAGCACGGGCACUGUGCAAAAAAAUGACUGGCACCUGUGCUUUAGAGAGCCCGCCUGACAGGCCACUAGGCAAAGGCAUUUUUUUUACAGAGAUUUUAAGUGACGAGACAGUUUUCAUUGAAAAACUGGGCUACUGUCCCAAAAAUGUCAUGGAAUACAAGAGGGUGUGCCUCAAAGGACAAGUUUUCCAUGUGCAUAGUUAUCAGAGAACAAAAAGAACGUGCAACUCCUAUCUGAGGAGCAAAGAUGGUGAGCACUACGUGCUGAAUAAUGUUUUUGUGCUGGAAGAUGGAACAUGUGUCCUUUUAUGUCAGAAGCUUGUAUGUCAGAAGCACAAAAUAGUGAACCACAUGCACAUCUGUGCUGAUGUUGGAGAUCAAAUGGUUUUGCUUGGUGCUGAUGUAGACAGAGUUUGUGUCGCGAUGAAAGCUGGAAAGACAUUGUACAUUGCCGACAUACCUAACAUGCACGAACGGGAUUAAGUGUAAAAGUCGCAGAAACUGGAGCAUAUCUGCUUUUACUACUGUAUUUAUCAUGGGCUUUCUACCGUACGCAUUUUGGUGU